AUGGCAUUUCCAAGUUCUCGUAUUUUAGUUUCUUUACCUUUUCCGCGGCGAGUAUUUAAAGAAGCUUCAAGAACUCGUAUAGCAACCUCUUCUCUCAUCCGUUAUUAUGCCAUUGACGCUUCCGUAUUAGACAAACUAAAAACCUUUUCAAAUCAAAAUAUUAUCCCACGUUUACCAAUCCCUACACUCCAAGAGACUACAACUCGUUAUAGAAAAAGUCUAGCACCUAUUCUUACUUCUGAAGAGUAUGAUCGUGCUUCGGUCGCCAUUGAUGAUUUCAUAAGGCCAGGCGGUCUGGGAGAAGUGUUACAGGAAAGACUUUAUGAGAUUGAUAAAAGUGAAAAGUACAAUUGGCUUGAAAAAAUUUGGCUAAACAAAGCUUACUUGGAAUGGCGUGAACCGUCACUCAUAAACGUCAAUUGGUGGUGUGAAUUCCGUGAUCCUGUGACCGGUAUUCUAAAGGAAAACCCACAAAAAGGGCAAAUUACGGAUUUUCAGACUAACAGGGCUGCUGGCUUUAUUUCGAAUUUAUUGAACUUCAAUGAAUCCAUUAAUAACGAGACAUUUCCCCCGGAAUCGACUCGACAAGGCCCACUUUGUAUGAGCCAAUAUAAAAACCAAUUUGGUACUACGCGUAUUGCCGAUUCCCCAGCGGAUAGAAUUAUUACAAGUUGGCCCACGACCGCUAAGCACAUUAUUGUACUAUUUAGGGAUCAAAUCUUCAAAGUGCAAGUUUUAGGGGAGGGAAAUGCUCGAGUGCCAAUAAAAGAGAUUGAAAAACAAUUGAGGGCAGUAGUUGAACAAGUUGAUAACACCAAUUCGACUGAUUUCCAACGAUCGGUUGGGUUAUUGACUGGCGAACAUCGAGAUAUAUGGGCAACGGCGCGUAAGAAACUCGAAUCGCUUUCACCAGAAAAUAAAUCAACUUUGGAAGCAAUCGAUUCAUCGUUAUUUGCUGUUGCACUAGACGAUUAUUCAACUGACACCAAUAUUGACAUAUCGCAUCAUAAUCUAUUUCACGCGUUCAAUGGAAGAAAUCGAUGGUUUGAUAAAUCAUUACAGUUGAUCGUGCAAAGUAAUGGACGAGCAGGUGUAAAUGGUGAGCAUUCUCCAGCGGAUGCUGUAAUACCAGGUCGUAUUUUUGAUGAUGUUGUCUCAAAAGAACCCGUUCAAGAUCCAGACAAUGCAUCAAGCUCUAUUAGUCUAUUGCCACCGCAACUCCUUAAAUGGGUAACGGAUUCUUCCAUAGACGAAACGAUUGAACUUGCAAAGCCUAAAAUACAAGCAGCAAUCGAUAACGUAGACAGUGUUUUAUUACAUUAUUACGAAUAUGGAUCUGAUUGGCUGAAAAGUGUCAAGCUUAGUCCUGAUGCUUUCGUACAGAUGGCACUACAACUAACAUAUCAACGACAUUAUGGUCAGCCGACAGCAACUUACGAGUCUGCAUCAACAAGAGCAUUUUUGCAUGGUCGUACUGAAACUGUUCGAUCAUGUUCUCUUGAAAGUGUGGCAUUUGUCAAAGCUUUUGACGACAAAGACAUUCCAAAACCACAAAAGCUCGAAUUAUUUCAAAAAGCAAUCAAAAACCAUUUAGAAUAUAUGAUUUCGGCUAGUACCGGUAAAGGAGUAGACCGUCAUCUUCUCGGCUUACGUACACAAAUACAAUCAGACGAAGAACGUGCACAAGCACACAUUUUCACCGAUCCAUCCUACUUAAAAUCCAUGUACUUUAAAUUAUCCACGUCGAACAUGAGUCCGGGCGAUAAUUUCUAUGGAGGAUUUGGUGCAGUCGUUCCUGAAGGUUACGGGGUCAAUUAUGCUAUUGGAAAAGGAAACAUGAAGUUCAGCGUGAGCAGUUAUAAAAAAGCCACAGAGACUGAUAGCACUGCUUUUAGGAAAACAUUAAAGAACGCGUUAGACGAUUUACGAGCAGCUUUAUGA